CCCACUUCGGUUGGCCGGACCGGCUCUAGGGUGCCCUCUGGACGGUCCCCAAGAUGAAGGGGGCCCGGGGCGGGGCAGGGUAGAGCCCGACUGCGAGGACGUGGGCGCCUCUGCGCACUUGCUUCCCAGCGCCUUCCCGAAGGCCGGGUCGGACGCCGGGGCCGGAACUCGCGGAGGGCCAGGAGACAAGAUGACAUCACAGGUCUUGCAGGCUUCAGUGAAUUUUGAAGAUAAUAUAAAGGAUGACUCAACCAAAAAGGACAAGCCUUAUAAGAUCUUUUUCCAAGAUCUCUUUCUCUACAAACAAAAUGAAUUGGCAGCAAAGAAAAAGGAAAAAAUUUUGAACCGUAGCAUGAAAGUCCACCAGAAAACUACUUUCUCAUCCCGAAUGAAGAGUCGCUCACACCUGAGCCAAAUAGCUUUCCACUCUGACACAGAUGAUAUCUCAUUUGAAAAACUGGGGCUGGAUCCGAUGCUUAUUCUGAAAUUAACAGAAACUGCAGACACUAAAAGGACUCUCCAUGAAUUUAUUAGUGACCAGAGAGAGAGGUUUCUACUUGAGUAUACUCUGUCAACCAAGAGAAACACAAUUAAAAGACUUGAAAAACACAUAGCUGUAAAGGAAAUGCAGCUCAAAAAAGCAGAACAAAAGCUUCAAGACAACGCACUAGCCUUUGAAGAGUUCCUUCGAGAAAAUGACCAGCAAUCUGCAGAUGCUAUGAAAAUUGCAGCACAAGAAACUAUCAACAAACUCCAAAUGACAGCCGAGCUGAAGAAAGCCAGCAUGGAGGUUCAGGCAAUGAAGAGUGAAAUAGCAAACAAAGAAUUCCUCCUUUGGGAGUACAUGAAAUAUGGAUUUUUUCUGCUGAAAUUGUCUCCAAAACAUUGGCAAAUCCAGCAAGCACUAAAAAGAUCACAGACAUCAAAAAUUCAUUCCCUUCUUCCAAAACUAUUAACAAGAAAGCAACUCAAGAAGCCCACUCUCAACCCAGAGGCUAGGAGAUCACCCGUAUCCAACCUGCCUGCAAGUAUUGGUUCUGAUGACAGUCUGGAAUUCUUUUUAGAUGAUGACAUGGACUUUGCUCUGCUGCCGGAGCUCUAUUUCAAGGAACCAGAAGAGUUGCUUCAGGUCCUCACAGAUCUGGAGGAGCAGAAUCUGACUUUGGUCCAAUAUUCCCAAGAUGUAGCUGAAAAUCUUGAAGAGGUAAACAAAAGAGAAAAAGUUAUACAGGACAAAAUAAAUAGCAACAUCGAGUUUCUGCUGGAGCACAAGGAGGUGCUGAAGGCUAGCUGCUUGCGAGAAGAGGAAAAGGCAGCCGAAUUGGAAUUGCGCUCCAGGCUCUUCAGUUUUGGAGAAUUUAAUUCAGAUGCUCAGGAAAAACUGAUAGACUCACUUAGUAAAAAAAUUAAUCAAGUGUACAAAGUCUGCAUUGGCGAUGGUGAGGUUGGCAGCCUGAACCCAGUUCAAAAGCUGGUCAAAGUGGAGUCACGCCUGGUGGAGCUGAGCGACCUCAUCGAGUCCGUUCCCAAGGAAAAUGUGGAAGCAAUCGAGAGGCUGAAGCAGAAGGAGCGGCGGCAAAAGCUGCGUGACGAGAAAAUAAAAGAAAAACAAAGAUACCAAGAAGAAAGGCUAAAAGCUGCUCUGGAAAGGGCAGUAGCCCAACCAAAGAAAAAGGUCUGUUUGCUACUAGGCCCAGCCACAUCAACACGACUGCUGAUGCGGUAUAAAAACAAAACACCUCAUUCUUCUGACUGUUCCAGGUGGGAAGACGACUUAUCCACCGUUCACAACCUCCACCUGGUAACAAACACAAAAUGCUUUUGGUCAGUGACACAAGAACAAAAUCACAGGAGGAAGAUUUUUUUUUCAGUUGAAUAGAAGCCGUAAGACAUUUUACUACCGGAAUAUUUCACACAAAUUCUGGCUCUCUCGAGGGGCAAUAUUAAGCCCAUACGUGGUCCUGAACAAUUCAAGACCGGUCUUUACUGUAAAGGCCAUACACUGGUUUGGGAAUGAGAGUUACUUUCUUUUGUUGAAGCUUUCUGUUUUCAUAAUUAUUAUUCCAUAUAGCUAAACAAUUAUAAUUUGUGUUCUCAGUUGGGGUACGUAUCCACGAUUACUUUACUGAUACAACUACACGGGGAAUGACCAUUAAAGUCCAAUAAUGGCCUUUCUCUGACAACAUGAAAAUUUAAAUAUUAUCUCAAACGGUCUGUAAGGAAGUUUAUAGCAUACUGUUAUCACUAUGGAAUGCAUCUUUCAACAAUGUACAACUCUUAAAUAUCUGAAGGGAUCUGAGGGGUUUAAACUUAAGUGAAUACUACUACUUAAAUUUAUGGUCUCAGAACAUAACCAUGAGACUGUAUUUUUAUUUCACAUUAGGUUCUACUCAGAAAACUUUAUUCUCUUAUGUGAACAAACCUUAUGUGUUCAGCCUAAAUAUCAUUUCAGAAUUUCUGUUGUGCCCUAUCUCCACAAUCAUUUUAAUUUUUAGAUGUAAUUUCAGCUACAAUGUGCACAUAAUUUAGUUCAUACUGAUACAGAAUAUGUAGCCUACUAAAGUACUAAGAAAAUGUUUAUGCUAAAAGUGAUUCAAAAAGAAAGUUUUUCAAAUGUCUCAAUAUAUAAUGAUAUGAAAAUGGCUGAAAUUCACCUCAUAAAAAUUUCUAAAGUAUAUAAUUAUUCAUUAUAGAAAAAAAGAGAAUAUGGCGCUUACAAAAGAAAAUCAACUUAAAUGAAACUGGUAGUUUUUAAAGGAUUAGACCUGUGAAUUACCUUUCAAUUGUUUCAACAGUUGAGCUUUGCAUGUAAAUAUCUACAUACGAUAGUUAACAAGUCAAGCUGAAAAACAGCACAUCUUUAUUGUCUAGAAAUAUAUAUACAAAAACACACAAAAGAUGCUAUUCUCUCAUUUCCCCAUCUUCUUCUUCCUCUUCAACACCUCUGAUAUAAAGGACAUUAUUACACCUGCAAGCAGAAAAAGUCCAUUUUGUUGUUUCAACAAGAAACCAUGCAUGAUCUGAAUUACUACUGCUAAUUUUUUCAUCAUGAUAAUAUUUAAAAGCUCAAUUUAUAUAAUAAUUCCUUCUCUUUUAAAAAACAGUUUUACCUAGAUUUGUUAAAAAGCACAUUGGUACUUAUUUUUUUACCAUGUGAUGGCCACAAAUGAGAUUUUUAUGACUUUACGAAGAAUUUGAGGCCUACUAUCACUAAAAAUGAGUAUAACAAAACCCCUUAGGAACCAAAAUCAAUUAAAAUUCAAAACUAAGUUCUGGUAACAAAGCCUACUGAAAAGGGUACAGCUGAGAACCAGGAAGUAUAAUAUUAAUACUAGAAAAAUCUUUAGGAUGCAUAACUCCAAAGUAUUUAAAUUUUACCUUUGACAAAUUUUACAGUUUCAAAGAUUUCUGCAAUUUAGUUGGAGAGUACUGUGUGGAAUUAAUAGUGAUAAAGUAAUUCUCAAUUGAGGUACUAAUUAAACAGGUAUUUCUAAUCCUCAUCACUAAUAAACUGCUGCUAUUUAUUACCUUAUUAAAACUUCACCCAGAUGUCCAGACAAUGCCCCAUCUAUGUAUUCUUCUGUAUUUGCAAGCUUUAAAAAAGAAGAAAUAUAUUAGUAUAACUGCACAGGAAUAAAGUAGUGUAAUAUGUGUAUUACUGGUGAGAGAACUUAACUGAGAACUUUCUGUAUCAACACUUCAAAUUUAUCUAUAACUAACAAUUAGAAGAUUAGCUUUCUAUUAUUGUUAUAGUUCUUUUUAGUCUUAUGUAUUCAGUAAAACUAAUACUCGUGGAUGUAUGCCUUAUAUAUAAUAAAGCUUGUUUUAAAUGUU